UAGUAAGGCUUGUGAAAUUAUUUUGUUUCCAUGACAUGAAUAGUUGGCUUUGAGAUCAACAUUGACGACUUUUGCACUUUAAUUUUUCUUUCAAUUUCUUACUACAUGCAUGCAACAAGUUAACUUUACUAUGCACUUAUUAUGUCAGCUUGUUACACAUAUUAUAAAACGGAAAUCAAAAUUCACUUAAAUCAUAUGUAUUAGCUAUAUGAUGAAAAUCUAAAAGAUGUUUUGUAAUCAAAAUAAUCAAUAUAUCAUGUUCGAUAGCUCAAUAAUGUGCCAUGGCAUGGUAUAUCAUGUUGUACGUACGUAGUAUAUUAAUUAGUUGUCCUAGACCUCGUAGUGAUUUGUAUUAUUAAUUUGUUAUAAGUUGUGUUUGGUGUAUUAAUAUCAUUUAUAAUUCUUCAUUCCUUUUAUCAAUACCAAUAACUUAUUUUCCCUUUGUAGAAAUAGCCAUAAUUAGUUCCUUAAUUAAAGGGACUAAAUAUUGACCAAUUUAUUCUGCGAAUAUUUAGGCAAAUAUUUUUGGUAGUAGUUGCUGUAAUCUUGGUAGUAAUUGCCUAAUUUACAGGGCUCCUGUGUAUAAAAUUACAAACACAAUUCCGCUUAAUUCUCUAUAUGGUAUCAGAGCCGUAAGGUUCGAUUUGGGAAACGAAACCUUGUUUUUCCUCAUCAUUUACCAGAAAACUUACCUGCGAUGGACAACCAGCCAUCGUCACACAACCAAACACCAAACAACCAGCUAAUUUCCUUGGAACAAAUGGAACAAAAUUUCCAAUUAUUCCAGAAAAUGAACAAAACACAAACCAACCCAGAAUCCGGCACAUCACGAACAGUGGGUGUCGCCGGGAAAUCGAGUUUUUCAGAUAACACAAAUUGGUGUAAUCACUGUGGUGGUACGAAACACACCAAAAAGGGGUGUUUUGAACUCGUUGAGUAUCACCGACAGAAAGCCGCUACCAAGGUCGGAGUAAACCAAACCGGCGGCAAGGCCAAUGUCGUCGUAUACUUAAACCCAGAAAACAAGGACUCCGGCAACGAGGAUAACACCUCAGUCGAACAAAGCAACACCGAUGAAAUCACAAGCAUGAGAAGUGAAGAAAAUACCACCGGGAAAAAUGGUGGUGAUGAAGCUAGAAAGAAGCAGAGAUGCUCUAACAGGAGAGAUCAUUGGGCGUGGUACUGAACGAGGAGGUUUGUACUACGUAGAUGAGGUGGCUCAACAGGGUAACGCUUUGCUUGCCUAUGGAUCACCGAAAAACCAACUUUGGAUGUGGCAUCGUCGGUUAGGUCAUCCCUCUCUUGGUUAUCUUAAACGUUUAUUCCCCUCCCUUAAAAGUGUUAAUAUGCCCUUGAAUUGUGAGACAUGUGUCUUAGCUAAGAGUCAUAAACAUACGUACCAUCCUAGUUUAAUAAGCCAUGCCCCUAAACCUUUUACUUUAAUUCAUUCCGAUGUAUGGGGUCCAGCGCCUGAAUUUGCAGUCCAUAAUUAUUCA